AUGAUUAAGGCAAUUCUCGUCUUUAAUAAUUCCGCUAAACCGAGACUGAUCAAAUUCUAUGAGCAUUAUUCCGAAGAGAUUCAACAACAAAUUGUUCGAGAAACGUAUCAACUGGUGUCGAAACGAGAUGACAACGUGUGUAAUUUUCUCGAAGGUGGCUCAUUGAUUGGUGGCAAUGAUUAUCGUCUAAUCUACCGGCACUAUGCGACGUUAUAUUUUAUAUUUUGUGUCGAUAGUUCUGAAAGUGAAUUGGGAAUAUUAGAUUUAAUUCAAGUAUUCGUUGAAACACUUGAUAAAUGCUUUGAGAACGUUUGCGAACUUGAUCUGAUAUUCCAUGCGGACAAAGUUCAUUUUAUUCUUCAAGAACUCUGUCUCGGAGGAAUGGUUUUAGAAACGAGUAUGAAUGAAAUCGUGGCACGUAUCGAUGAGCAGAGCAAACUGGAGAAACAAGAAGCGGGAAUAUCUGCGGCACCCAACAAAGCAAUGACGGCUAUUAAAGAAAUGAAUUUACCGCAGAAAAUCAAAGAUAUGAAAUUAUCUGAUCUGAAUUUGAAUUUACGUUUUUAA